GCUAGAUGUAUUGUAAAUGAAAAGAUUAAAAAUAUAAUAACAAUAACAAUGGUAUAUUUUGGUCCAUUUUACAAGAAUACUGCAAAUUAGGUAAUGUUAUAUUGUAUAUGGAACUUGCUGGGGAGAGCCAGCAAAAGAAUUGGUUAAAUCCCAUAGAACUCUUCAAAAGAAAAGAAAUUGUGAAGAUAUGUGCUCCUAUGGUUCGAUAUUCCAAAUUACCGUUCCGUUGUUUAGUUCGAAGAUAUGGUUGUGAUUUGGCAUUCACUCCCAUGAUUGUUUCUGAUUCCUUCAUCCAAUCACAGAAGGCGAGAGACAGUGAUUUCACGACUAAUGCUUCCGAUCGCCCACUAGUUGUCCAGUUUGCAUCAAAAUGUGCCAAGGACUUUGCUGAUGCAACCGAAUUGAUUGUGCCAUUUUCAGAUGGUGUUGAUAUGAACUGUGGCUGUCCUCAAAGAUGGGCGAUGAAAGCUGGUUACGGGGCAUAUCUCAUACAGAACCCUCAACUGAUAGAAGAUAUGGUCAAACAAACAAAACAAAGGGUUCCGAAUGACUUUCCUAUCUCUAUUAAAAUCCGAAUUCAUCACAAUACAAGGGAGACUGUGGAUGUGUGUCGAAAAGCGGAACAUGCUGGAGUGUCAUGGAUUACAGUACAUGGUAGAACAAUAGAACAGCGAUCACAACCUUGCUCCUACGAAACCAUAAAGUUGAUAAAGGAUAGUGUCAGUAUUCCAGUUGUUGCCAAUGGUGACAUAAGAAAUGAUGAUGACAUUGCCCAAGUAAAGGAAGCUACGGGUGUUGAUGGUGUCAUGGCUGCCAGAGGCAUUUUAGUAAAUCCUGCAAUGUAUGCUGGGUACAAGUCACUUCCAAUACAAUGUCUUCAGGAUUGGAUUGAUAUCAGCCUUUCGAUAGGCAUUUCCUACACACAUUUUCAUCAUCAUCUCAUGUUUAUGCUGAAAAAAGUUCUUGGCAAACAAGAAAGAAGAGUUUUUAACAGUUUGACAAAUCUCCAUGCAGUUCUGCAGUACAUCGAGGAGAAUUUUGGGAUCACGAGAAAGAUGCCUGCCAGUUUUUAAAAAGCAAAAAUAAAAAUGGGCGAAACUGUUUCCGUGGGAAAGAUUUUUAUGUUAUUUUUGGAGAAAGACUUUUAUGUUCUUUUAUCAACCAAAAGAAAACAUGUGAACAGAAUUAGAUUUUUAACGUUUAGUGGACACGAACCGUUUAUUCGAUACGGCUCAAUUACAGUGGCUUACAUGAAGUAAUCAUCUAUUGUAUGCUAAUUUCGAAAUGUGCCAUUAUUCAAAUAAAUGUUCUCGUUCCACA